GAAGGUAGUACAGUUGUGGUACAGUUACCCUUAAAAAAGUUUGUAUGGGUGUUCUGUGGUACACUUCAACUGGGGUGUUGUGUGUACCGGCGUUUCACCUGGUUUCACUAUGGCAUUUUUCUCUGUGGUAGAGAAAAUUCUCAAGUUGUCUGACACCCUUCUCAACAAUGCCACCCGCUUUGUUCGUUUGAGCCAACCCCACCGCUGGAGCCCUGCACUUGUGGGUGACCUCCCAGAUCGGGGUGUGUGUGGGCCGUGCCUACCCGUCGGGUUAGCCUGGAGCGCCGUUUGAUGCGUCGCAUCUCACACCCCUUCUUCCGCAUCAAGCCCAAGGACUACAUCAAGAGCUGUCAUGUCUGCGGCCACUUCCACUUGGCCCACACCAUUUGCGGCCACUGCUAUGACAAGGUGAAGCAGGAGACAGAGCAGCUGCGUGACACCAUAGCCAAGGAGCUCAAGCUGGAGCCAGUGGAAGAGGAAGUGGUCAUUGCCUACCAAGGAGAUGAGAAGCAGGGAGGGCGUGUGGUUGAAGUGGACCGCCCACGGCCAGCAUGGUUUAGCAAGAACUUGAUGAAGCAAUCUUCCUAGUUAUCAGAGUAGUGGUAGACUCCUUGUUGAAUAAAUAUGCCUGUGUGCUUGUU